CCCGCGGGACAGACCACGGAGACUUGUAUGGGCUUCCACUGGGACGUCAGGCUCUGCGCUGCACCGUGAAGAUGGCGGAGGCUGCGGAGGCACCACAACACCGGUUUUUCUGUCACUGCUGUAAAUGUGAAACUAACCCAAAACUCCCGGAUCUUGUCUGUCCGAGAUGUGACUCUGGCUUCAUUGAGGAGGUGACGGAAGACUCCAGUCUCCUGCAGGACAGCACACCCGCAGCCAGCGAAGACACCAACUCGUUGUUCUCAGAGUUAUGGCAGCUGCUGUUUAUGGAACGCUCUGCUCUGCUGUCACAUCCGCCCUCCUCAGAGACCCACCCAGAUGACAGCGAGCAGGUAUCUGCAGGUCAGAGCUGUCCGUCUCUGGUGUCACCAGCUGCCUCCGCCGACGACGCCGAGGCCCAAGAACCAGAGUCUCCCUCCCAGCCCGAACAAGAGAGUUCGUCCAGGCCGGAGCAAAGCUCUGCAGUGGAAGGGAUCAUGCAGCAGUUCUUGGCCGACCUCUUCGCCAGCAAUGGGAACCCCGGUGCCGCACCAGCUGCAUUAUCCAGCAUGCUGCAGUUGCACUCAAACCCUGGAGACUAUGCGUGGGGUCAGGGAGGUCUGGACGCUGUCAUCACUGAGUUGUUAGGACAGCUGGAGAGCACCGGUCCACCUCCUGCGGAAAAGGAGAUGAUCUCGUCCCUGCCGACAGUUUGCGUCUCCCAGGAGCAGAUAGACUGCAGACUGGAGUGUCCAGUUUGCAGGGAGGAGUAUUCACUAGGGGAAUCUGUCAGGAAGCUUCCCUGCCUCCAUUACUUCCACGGUCAUUGUAUAGUGCCUUGGCUGGAGCUGCAUGACACCUGCCCGGUGUGCCGCAAAAGCCUGGAUGGUGUCGACAACAGCCUCCCGCCCACAUCAGAGCCCCCGGACGACCGCUCCGUCAGGACAGAGCAACCAGAGCGGCAGGCGAUCUGAAAAACGGGACAAAAACAUCCCUGCCUCCUCUGCUGUUUUCAAAGAGACACGCUGCUCACCUCGAACCUCUCCCUCUGACAUCAACUCCAAAAUUAUUUAAAAAAAUUGCCGCCUCAGCUCUCACUUGAUUCAUGCCUCCCCGCUAAGGAUUUUUAUAUUUUCCACAUGCACCAACAUAUUUUAAGACACACUGCACACAGAAAGGACGCGGCAGCUUGCAGAGAAGAUGUGGAGGUGAUGUGUCCUUCUCGCUACACUGGCCUCCUAAGUGUUUUUCUGAAUGACUGACUUUGAUUUCAUGAACUAAUCACCACUGAGCUGCCGGUGGUUGUUAAAAUGAUGGGGGCUCCACAGAGUUAUAACGUUUUUGCAUUUAAGACUCUCGGUAAGACAGUUUGGUAAUUCAGCAUUUUAUCGACCUUUGUUCCACUCAGUCUGAUUCAGACUAGAUCUCAUCUAUACAUGAAGCUGUUAUUAAAGCCUAAACCCUGUGACCCUCGA